GUGUGUUUUUACUCUCCCAGUCUAGAGCUGACAGCCGAAUGCAUAUCAGCUGUUUUCUGUCGUCAUUAAUGUUCAGUAAAUAAAUUCAACAUGCUGAUAAGGCGCAUUGAAAACUAAUUAUUUGUAUUUGAUUUAGUCGAAUACUGCAUUCUCCGCAGCAAAAUAUUUACUUCAACAAGAAUCGGUGUUUUAAGUUGACUUUGGUUUCUGUAUAAAUCAGUUCACGUAAAUUUAUCAAGCAUCUGGUUAGGAAUUCUUUCAUAAAAUUGUGGACAAAAUGGAUGGAAAAAAUGAAGGGCCAAAUUGUAUUUGCAAUGAUGACGAACUUAUAUUCGCAAAUGUGAUUUACCGACAUGGUUGCCGCAAUAUAGAUCGAGUUUUCCCUAAUGACCCUCACAAAGACGAAAUAAAUUGGCCAGGUGGCAUCAGGCAAUUGAGAAAUGAGGGAAAGCAACAGCAAUACAAGUUAGGACAAUAUUUUCGAAGACGAUAUGGCAAAUUGCUUGGCCCAAAAUAUUCAUCAAACAAAGUGUAUGUGCGUUCAUCCGAUUUUGACCGAACAUUAAUGAGUGCUCAAGCCAACCUGUGUGGGCUUUUCGCUCCGACCAAGGACGAAGUGUGGAACGAAGAGCUUCCAUUGGCUAAAAUUUGGCAGCCGAUCCCCGUGCAUACUGUGCCGCAGAAGGAUGAUUAUGUUAUAUUUGGGUUGAAAAAUGCAAAGUAUGAGGCCGAACUUAAAAAAUUCAUGAGCGAAUCACCGGAAAUACAAACGAUUCUUACUCAACAUGCAGAUAAAUUCAAACUAUGGUCACAAAUGAGCGGAUUGGAUAUUGUCACUUUCAAUGAUGUUCAACAGCUUUAUGACACAUAUAAUAUUGAAAACUGGACGAACAAACCGUUAUCAGAAGACGCAAAAAAGGAAAUCGAACCAAACGGAGUGAUGGAAUACGUGGCCAAAUGGCAUUUCAAGCUGGAAUCGGCUACACCAUUAUUGGCACGACUUCGAUCUGGAUUUCUACUCAAGGAAAUACUCGAACACUUCACUCAGAAGAUCAACAAAACUUUACAACCGGACCGAUCUAUAUUUUUCUAUUCUGCACACGAUUCCACUAUUUCGUACGUUUUGAAUAGUCUUGGACUCUUUGAGUUACACUUUCCACCGUUUGCAUCGAGUCUGCACUUCGAGUUGUAUCGAACGAGCAAGAAUGAGCAUUAUUUUCAGCUUUUUUAUAGAAAGUCCGAAAAUGAGGAAAUCCUUACACCAUUGAACAUACCAAACUGUGGAGAAAAAUGCACAUUGGAUCAAUUUUACAAAGUCUACAGCGCAAUUAUUCCAGACGAGUCGGAUUUCAAAUGCGAUUAACGCUGACGCAUAACGAUGAAGAACAAAGAAAAAAAUUGGACAGGAGGUUGUAAAUGCUAAUGAACUGUAAAUAUAGAAUUAUCUUCCUGAACUAUUGCGUCUAUUUUAUGGGAAAUACCGGUCAAUUUACUUACGUUAAUUUUGAACAAUCAGAAUGAAUAUUUUGUGCGUUUCCGAUAUAGGAUUGUAUGAUUGAUUCGAUAAUAACAAGUUAAUAAAUUCAUUCAAAA